AUGGAUACAGAAGAUAGCGCUAGCUCACUCGGUGAAAUGAGUUCUCUGGAUGACGAUUUUGAUGUAAUGUACCUUGAAUCUGACGAUUCUAAUGAAGAAUGUGCUGAUGAUGACAUGGAUUCACAUACUUGGAAUGAAAUAGAACCAGAAUCCGACGCAGAAUUCCUGGAGGAUCAUGGACUCAUCGAAGAAG